AACACAAACCAGUUUAAAACCCACCCGUCCCGUGCCCGUGUCCGUGUCUCGUCCCCCCGACCGCGCGCCUCUUGCCAUUGCUACACCAUGCACAUCUUCCGCCUCCUGGCGGCGCGGCGCCGCGCCGUGUCGACCAUCACGGCUGCUGCUGCCGCUGCGCCGGCGGCGUCGUCCGACGCCGGCCGGGACAGCGAGGACGAGGGCCCAUUCUUCGACCUCGACUUCUCCUCCGUCCGGGGGGCCUCCAGCUCCGGCAGCAUGUCCGGCUCCGACGACUCCGACGACGACUGCACGGACCUCGACUUCAUCAUCUCCCUCCACCGCAGCCGCUCCGCCUCGCCCUCCUACGACACGCUCUUCUUUGCCGCCGCCGCGUCGGAGCCCAGCACCAAGGCCAGCUUCCAGCCGUCGCAUCACUUCUGCGCUAAACGCCGCGGCGGCGGCGGCCUCCGGACGCUGAGCUUCGGCGCCAAGAAGGCCGCGUUCUACGGCGGCCGCCACAGCUUCGCCCGGAGCUCAUGCAGCGCGCGGUCUCUACGUCUGUUCAUGGAGUCACCGGCGGACGACGACGGCGAGGAGGUCGCCGAGCCGAGGAGAGCGCCGCCGUCGAGGGACGUCAUCCGGCGGUACCUGACCAAGAUCUCCAGACGGUUCAGGAGGACGGCUCCCCGCGCCGCCGGCGAGGCGAGGGGGCUCCGCCGUCUACGGAAGAGCCGGUCAGCGUCGGCGGCGACGAGCCUGUCGGCGUCCAGCUCGGCGGCGGCGGCGCCGUCCGGGCGAGACGACUCCCUUCUCGAGAAGCAGGACGGCAUUGCCAGCGCCAUCGCCCACUGCAAGGAGUCUCUGCACCGAGCGUCCGUGUCAGAGUGCGACUCGUCGCUGUCACGGUCAAGAAGUGACCCAGGAAAACGCGAAGCUGAUCAGAGUUGCCAUUAGCUUACUACUAAUCCUGAUGGUUACCAAGACUAACGAACGACCCAUCACAAGUCUCAAUGAAAUUGUGGUCAACGGCCGAAGCUUCCACCUAAAUUUCAGAAAAGACGGAGAAGAAUUCAAAGCACUAGUACAAAUUAUUGAAGUUUGAUGAAAAUGCGGCGCUUGAGGUUGCUAAAGAUUUCUCAUCUCUUUUGUUUUAUGGGUGUGGGUGAGUGUGUGUGUUUCACGUCCUUAAUUUUAGUUUAAGGCUUUAACCCUUGGUGAAUGUUUAUUUUUUUUCCUUUUUCUUUGUUAGGAGAGUGGGAAAAGUGCUCUUUUUAGGCUUCUUUAUCCCUCAUCUAGUGUAGAAGCGUGGAUUGUUUUGUGUGCUCGCGCUCUUUCCGUGGUUUUUUUUCUCUCUCGUCUUUCUAGUUUGCUUUUGUACAAGUGACUCGCAACACGACAUGUAAUUACGUACAUUCUUGCCAUUUGACUGGCUAGUUCUGGCUUUCACCGA